GCCGGGCCCCGGGGCAGGCCCCCUCGCCCCUCGCCGCCCAGCACAAGAUGCCCAGGUCCUUCCUGGUGAAGAAACACUCCAGCAACAGGAUCCCCAACUAUGGACAACUGGAAACUCAGAAAGAAACCAAUGGCUCCUGCCACACCUGCGGGGGGCUGGUGUUCCCCCUUCUCCUGCCGGACAAGCCCCCUCCUCCCGGGCCUUGCGACGCCGCCCGGGUCUGGGAGCGCAACUCGGUCAUCGCCCGGAUCUCCCUGCCUCUCCCGCCGGCUGCGGCAGCGGGCGGGCCCCCCAGCCCGGGGCCCCUGGAGCUCAGCCUGGUGGACACGCUGGCCGGCCGAGCCCCCGGCACCCCGCUCAAGGACAGUCUGAACCACCUCAACCUCCCGCCCCACCUGGGCCCGCCCAAGAGGCGCCCGCCCGACCCGGAGCCGGAGGGGGAAGGGGCUCCGGAAAAGUGGCCCGGGCCCGGGGAGGGGCCGGGCGGCGAGGCCCUGGGGUCCCCGGGCCGGUUCGAGUGCUUCGACUGCCGCAAGUCCUACCACACGUUCUCCGGCCUGGCCAAGCACAGGCAGCUGAGCUGCGAGCCGCAGGCCCGCCGAUACUUCAGCUGCAAGUACUGCGACAAGGAGUACGUGAGCCUGGGGGCCCUCAAGAUGCACAUCCGCACCCACACGCUGCCCUGCAUCUGCAAGAUCUGCGGCAAAGCCUUCUCCCGGCCCUGGCUGCUGCAGGGACACAUCAGGACGCAUACAGGUGAGAAGCCAUACGCCUGCUCCCACUGUAACCGGGCCUUUGCCGACCGCUCCAACCUCCGGGCCCACCUGCAGACCCAUUCGGACAUCAAGAAAUACCAGUGUAAGAGCUGUGCCAAGACUUUCUCCCGCAUGUCCUUGCUGGCACGGCACGAGGAGGCCGGCUGCUGUCCCGCCUCCUGAAGACGGCCAACGGACCUGGGAGAGGGAAGCGGGCAAACGAACUGGAGAGUCCGGGGAGUCCCAACUGCAGCCAGACGAUUGGUGGGGCUGGGCGGCCAAGGGAUGUGGUGCCCAAGACUGGAUUUCUGGGAAGGCCAGAGCCCGCACUACAAAGCCGGUUGGAUUUCCCCUCCCUCCUUCUUCUCUCUAAUACACCCAUAUGCAGCUCUUCCUGAAGCUCUUCGAUCAAAGCAGUUGAUCCAAAGUAGACAUGGGUCCCGCGGCUAAACCCCAAAUUCCGAUCCCCCAGAAGAGGCCCGGCUUCAGUGGCUGCAGAGAGGGACAAAGACCCUUGGUGUCCUGGGCUGAUUUUUUUACCUUUAUUCUGUGACAGAUGAGAUUCUGGAUGGGCCUCGUAGGGAGGAAAGAACGGACAACUGUCGGGCUGGUGAUUAUGAUGCAGUCACAACCUGUCCCACAAUGUACCCCUUCUGCUUUUCUGCCCAAGAAUAAGGCAGAAAUUACAAAGGAAAGGAUGUCCUCAGCCUUGAGAGAUGCUAAAGAGUAACCACAGCUUACCUAUAUCAGCUGUGUGGGGUCUAGGCACUUGAAAGCUAAAGUAACCAACGGAGGACAUAAAUUUGAUUCUUGGCCCCGCCACUGGAUCACGAUGGAGGCUUGAGGCUCUUAGUCUCAGUUUACCGUAGAUAGCUGGAGAGAGAGAUGUUUGUGCUACCCUCCCCGUGAAGAUUAAGGUUUGAGGGGAUGACACCUCCCCUAGAUCCGAGGCUUUGGCUCGAGCCUGGUUAGAGGUACCUUAGGCCACUUCCCACUGAGUCACUUGGUCUCAGAAAGUGAGAGACAAACCUAUCGGACAAUAAAGAGGAACCCCUUCCCUCCCCUGCCCCUG